GGUAUGGAAGAAUGUAAGAACCUAACCACUUUAUCACAUUAAUUUCUAUUUUCUAAACCCAAAAGGUUGUGGUUAGUUUAAUUUUGCAUAAAAUAUGUUUGAACUAUAACAUUUUUGUAAAAAUGCUGCGUUUUUUAAGUACUGCUGUUCGCUAUGCUCGAUGUCUUCCGGCUUCGCCCUUACACAAUGCAAUUACGCUUACUACUAAAGAUGUCAGACAUUUCUCAGCCUUUAAGAAUAUAGAGAUACAACCUAGAUCCUUGUUACCUCAAAAUUCACUUCUAGCCAACAAACAAAUAUUGGACAUUUUAAUGAAAAUUGAUUUUACCCCAACAAGAUCGGUUAUAAAGUUUAGUUUAAAAAAAGGCAAAAGGAAAACAGUAAAGGCUGUUAUCAAGCGAUUUUUUAGACUGCACUGGGGUGGCUGGAUUCGGACUAAAAUUGGAAGGCACAAGAAAUUAUGGAAGAAAUCAUCUGCAAAUAAAAGGAGGCUAAGGCAACAUGUGUUCUGUAACUCUACACAAAACACUUUACUUGAUAAAAUGGUGACGAAAUACUGGAAGAGACCUAAGCAUUAUGUAGAAGACCCUUAUGCUCCAUAUCACACCCGUGAAGAAUUUCACUUCACAAGAAAACAACCUAUACAGAAAUAAUGCUAUUUAGUUAUCAGUAGAUCAUAAUUAAAUUUAGCUUGGAACUUA